CAGUAACCUAGUGCUUGUUUUUGAAAGUGCUAGACGAGGGAUAUACCGCAAAAUUUCGGACGCAUUUUCUCUAGGUUCCAGUUACACUCGGACUUUGAUCGUCCAUUGUAAUGCCUGAUCAUGAGUAACCAUGGUUACCCACCCGGCGACCACUCAACAAAAGACGGUAAACAAGACAGUAGCAAGGCGUCACAGGGACAGACAGUUUCUUUUGUAAAACACCCACAGGUGACAGCAGCGGGGGACAUUCACAAGACAGGCUUUUUGGCCCAGAUCAAGCACUCGGUUCCUAGCCGCCCCAUAGCUCCAGCUCCUACCACCUCCCACUUACCACAGAGUAAACCUGCCAACCACCUGCUGUUAACUGGAGCAGCACAGAAAGCAGCCAGCCUCAACCUUGUGCGAGGCCCAAGUACUAUGGGCAACCAGGAAGGUAAGCCAAUUGGGACAGGGAACGCAAACUUUGGGAACACAAGAACCCCUAUACAGCUCCAGAACCUACGCAACGUCACACCGGGUGCCAGUCCCGCACAGACGGCGCAACUUCCCCCUAGCCAAGUUGCUCAGUUAUCUCAGCUAUCGCAACAAACACAACAGACCCAGGGGGGCAGGCUGUCACAAGCAAUAGCCAAUCAGAAUACAGCAUCUUCAACUGUGGCGGUUACUGCAAGUGGGAAUUUGAAUCCUGUGGCAGCCCAGAUUACCCAGAAUCCUCAGAUCCAGAUGGCGUCUAUUAUUCGUAGUUCUGUGACUAAUGCCCAAGCCGUGCCUGGGCAGCAGAGUCAGAUUCAGGUGAAGACAGGAAAACCUGUGGCACCAUCUGCUGGCUUUGGGUCCCAUGUACCAAGAGGCACUGCUGCGGCCUCAGCACUAUCAGCACCAACAAAGACUGGAGCAGUAGCCACCCCCAUCCUGCGACCCAAUCCACCGACUAGCAUCAUGGGACCGAACCAGCUCCUGGCGGCCAGGAUGAAUGCACCACUGGUGACACCGGUGAGGCCUGGGACACCGCCAACCACCACCACCAGGGCGGCAUCACCAGUAGUGUCUGCUGGUGACACGGGUAGUAGACCAGCUCAUUUUACCCCCCACAGCACCACCAGCACCACCAGCACCACCACGGUGCAGAUCACCAUCCAGCAGCCCAACGCCAGACUACAGGCAGUGGACAUGUCAGCUGCAGCAGCAGCGGCAGCAGCGCAUCCAACCAAACACAACAAACCGGUGCACCUGUCCCAGGCCAUGGUGCACCCGCACACCACACACAAAGUGGUGCUGUCCCAGGCGACGGUGGCGCCCAUGAUGCAGCCAGCAUCCAUGGUGACCACUGUGACCAAAUCAGCACCUCUCCAAGUGUCAAUCCACAGUCACACCAGUUCUCUGGCUGCCACGACAACCACAUCCACAACAUCAGCUUCUACAAUACCAAUAGCCCGCGUAAAUCCACAGCGCCAGGCCGUGCCACCCACACUUGGUCACCAAACAGAGGUCAGGUCGGACAACACUGCUCAGCUGUCAGGCGGCAGUUUAUUUAUACCCCACGCGCACAGAGGAUCUCCUAACACUGUCAGCACUGGCAUCAGUCUACAGAAUAGUGUGUCACUCACAGAUAGCAGACAGCAAGACAACUCCCGCAGCCAGCUCCCCCAUGUGGCACCCCCGGGCCCCUAUGACCUGUAUAGUCCCCUGCAGCUGGGGUACCACCCCCCUCAGUUCAUGUAUUACCCCAGCCCAGCACAGGGCUUUACACCCAUAUCAACAGGACCCUCAUUAAGGCCAAGUCUAUACCCCAGCCAGACGCCCAACCUCGCAGCCACCCUACAGGGGGCAGCAGCAGCAGCGGCUCACGGGGUGUCAGUCACUGGGACCCAGGGGCUGAGGGGGGCCCCCACGGGGAUGGUGGUGACCGUGGACCCCAGUAGGCACCCCCCUAGUGUACACACUCAGCAGUAUACUGCUAUUCCUUCAGAAGAUUUUAUUAACUCCCGCAGCCAGCUCCCCCAUGUGGCACCCCCGGGCCCCUAUGACCUGUAUAGUCCCCUGCAGCUGGGGUACCACCCCCCUCAGUUCAUGUAUUACCCCAGCCCAGCACAGGGCUUUACACCCAUAUCAACAGGACCCUCAUUAAGGCCAAGUCUAUACCCCAGCCAGACGCCCAACCUCGCAGCCACCCUACAGGGGGCAGCAGCAGCAGCGGCUCACGGGGUGUCAGUCACUGGGACCCAGGGGCUGAGGGGGGCCCCCACGGGGAUGGUGGUGACCGUGGACCCCAGUAGGCACCCCCCUAGUGUACACACUCAGCAGUAUACUGCUAUUCCUUCAGAAGUCAGCACCAACACCUCGGAUGCUCCCCCGGCAACAUCUGGUGUCCAGGCGUUACAGCGGAAUUCCAGCACCCCUCAGCCGUCACCAGGGGGCAGCAAUAACCCUAACAACCCCAGUGCUUCGCCGCGACCCAGCAUUCUGAGAAAACGAACCAAUGAUGGGACCAUCUUGGUGCGUAAAAACCUGACAGGCCCCCUGGAGGCCAGCGCAGGAAGUCCACAGUCCGCCUCUCUCCCCAGAUCUGCUACCAGCUCACCGUGUAAAGCACAGAAUGAUACAGCUAGUCAAAGUUCCACAGAUACUGCCCCCUCCACAGAGAACAACAGCCCUGCCCAGGCCACGGAGAUGAAGAUUAAAACAGAGCCCUUGGAAGGAGCUCCUAUUGAAAAUGGGCUGCUCUCAGUGCCUCAAACAGUGGCCAGUGUUUUACAAAAUAACAUGGAAGCUUCCCCAAGAAAGAAGCCCAGAAAACAACUCCUUAAUAUCAAUGAAGAACUGAAAGAUUCAUCAACAGAAGAUGAAACGGAGACCAAGCCCCCAGUGAAAGAAGAGAGGGAAACAGAGAUAAAGCCUCCAAUGCCAAAAGAAUACACUGAUGAAGAGGGCGUAAGGUGGGUCGCCAUGAGGAAGAGAAACACUGUGACUUUAAUGAAUUCUUACCAUUGUACAUGGAAGGCCAGGAAUAAUCAUUUUCUAAGAGCCUCUGAUGUCAAACCUAAAGACGAGAGGCGUCCCACAGUCAAUGAGCUGUCCAACCAGAAAAGUGUGAUACAAAAAGCCAACGGGUGGAAACUCUAUCAUCUGGCAGCACAGCUAGAAGAAAUGAUGGACCUGGAGAAGGUGGUCCACAGUAGGAUAGCCAGGCUCCAGAAGACGGCCACCGCCAAACCAGAUAUCCCAUUCACGGAGGAGGAGGUGCAUAAAAUCAAAGAACAAUCUCAGGCUAAUAAACAGAGAAGUCAGUUAUUUAUGAACCAGCUGGAAGAAGCGAAGAGCUCCAUGUUAAGAAUUCUCGAUCACAAACCAAGAAUUAUGGAAAUUAUUAACAAGCACCACAGUAAAAGACCAGUGAAAAAGAAGGAGAGAACGUAGCCUUAAAGACAGAUUCUCAGCCUUAAAAUGAUAAGAAAUUGAAUUACAUGAAAAAAUGUUUGUACGUUUAAAAGAUAGAUUUUCUAGGUCAGAAAGUUUGUUAUUAUUAUUAUUAUUUGUGAGAAAACCAGUGGAUGAUAAAGGGUUCAGAAAAAUGGGGAAAGGUAAGGGGGGAAUUAUUAUCAAUAUGGUUAAAAGGAAAGAAAGAAGGUAGCAAAUGCAAAACAGGGGUUACAAAUGUUCCCAAGUCAACUGACAAGAGAAAUGCUUUAUUCAAAAGAUGGGCCAAUAAAUUACAUAAUGUAAAAAUGACCUGGAUAGAAAUGAAUGAAACAAAAAGAAAAUUUCUAAUUUCUUACAUGAAACCAUAGGUUACACAUUUGUGUUAUGUUAUUUGUAAAUUCUGUAUAUUUCUAAAUGUAUAUUAUUUUACUUUGCACUGUGUGUAAUACAUUAUUUCUAUGUAGAUAUUGUUAAUCUUUGCAGGUAUGAGUUUGUACUAAAUGUGCACAUAGUUUUUUAUCAUUUGGGCUCAAAAUCCAUCAUUUUGACAUAUUUAAGCCAAAGAGGUCAGAAUUUUUUCUUUUGUUCAUUUAAUUAAAUGAACUGAUGAAUUUUGGCUUAAUUCCAUAUUUCAAAACUUUUGAUACAAUUUACUAUUUGAUUGUGAAUAACAAUUAUUUCUUAAUUUUACACUGGCAAAUUAAUUUAGAAAAUAUUCAGUGGGAAUUUGAAUUAGUAAAUUUACUUUAAAUAUUUGGGUAUUUUAUUGUGAAAAAUUUUAUGGUCAGAUCUGUGGUAUGUAUUUUUAUAAUGCCUAAGAAACUGACCACAAUGUUUCGUCGUGUAUGAACCCCAUUUUCGUACAUUUUCGAAAUUUUGGACAACUUUUUUGUCAAAAAUGACAAUGACCUAAAACAUGUUUUAUUCUCCCCAAAUAUUUAAGCAAUUGAUUUUUUUCUAAACGAAGGAUUUGAAGGAUUCCCUGACGAAUCAUCAUUCUUGUAUUUGUCAUUGCUUUUUCCAACGCUGUUUAGUGUAUAUAAGAUACUUGAUAUCAAUUCUGUAUUGUAAAUGUAAAAUAGAUUAUUUUAUAAAUACAUGAUAUUAAAAAUAUGAUU